AUGGCCGCCGACGAGCUGCCCGCGCGCGUCCAGGACGAGCUGACCAAGCUCGACCCGGCCGUGCCCUUCCGCGCAUCAAAAACCCACAUCCACCACACCUGGGCCCGCACCUUCCACUCCUACCCCGAGCUCUACAUCCGCCCGCAGUCGCUCGCCGAGAUCCAGAAAGCCGUCGUGCUCGCCCGUCGAUGCCGCCGCCGCAUUACCCUCGUCGGCUGCGGCCACUCGCCCAGCGACCUGACCUGCACCUCGGCCUGGAUGAUGAACCUGGACAAGUACAACAAGGUCGUGCGCGUCGAUCGCGAGACGGGAAUUGUGCAGGCCCAGGCCGGUAUCCGCCUGUACCAGCUGAAUGAGGCCGCGCUGGAGCAUGGCCUCACUAUGCCGAACCUGGGCAGCAUCAACCAGCAAUCCAUUGUUGGCGCCAUGGCCACCGGCACCCACGGUAGCAGCCUCCAGCACGGCCUGCUGUCCGGUUCGGUGCGUAGUCUCCGUCUGGUCCUGGCGAACGGCUCUGUGGUCUUGUGCUCUGCUGAGCAGAACGUCGACCUUUUCCGCGCCGCACUGGUCUCGCUCGGCGCGCUGGGAAUCAUCGUCGAGGUCGAGUACCAGAUGAUCCCGCACGCCAAGAUUGAAUGGGAGCAAACGCUGAAGCCGCUCAGCUACGUGCUGGCCAAGUGGGACAGGGAUCUGUGGACAAAGAAGGAAUUCACGCGCGUCUGGUGGUGUCCGUACAUGAAGCGCGCCAUCAUCUGGUCAGCGGAGAAGACUGACAAGCCGCUCCGCGCCGCCGAGACGAGCUGGUAUGGCGGAUCAGUGGGCUUCCACACCUACCACAUCCUGCUGUGGAUUGCCAACUACAUCCCGCCCAUACUGCCCGCCAUCGAGUGGUUCGUCUUCGGCAUGCAGUACGGCUUCAGCGACGACACGACGACCUCAGCCGUCGAGCCGAUGCACACGGGCCUGCUCAUGAACUGCCUCUACUCGCAAUUCGUCAACGAGUGGGCGCUGCCGCUGCACAAAGGCCCCGAGGCCAUCACGCGCCUCUCGGCCUGGAUCCACGGCGACGAAGAGACGGCGCGCAUCCCCUUCUCCUCGCGCGGCGUCUGGGUGCACUGCCCCAUCGAGGUCCGCGUCGCCGACACAUCCAUCCAAACCAACCAACCGCGCCCCUUCCUCGACCCCAGCUGCGCCGACGGCCCGACGCUCUACCUCAACGCCACCCUCUACCGCCCCUUCCACGCCGACCCGCCGUGCCACGCGCGCUACUACGAAGCCUUCGAGUGGCUGAUGCGCGACCUGGGCGCGCGCCCGCACUGGGCCAAGAACUUCCGCGGCGUCGACCACGGGCUCCUAUCCCAACUCUACGGCGCGGACCUCGACGCCUUUCUGGCUGUCCGCCAGCGCGUCGACCCCGACGGCAUGUUCGUCGGCGCUUGGCACCGCCGCGUGCUGCUGCCCCACGUCAGCGAGCUGCCCCGCAUGGCCCUCGAGGAACGCGAGGUCGCCCGCCGCGACCGCCGCAGCGGCGGCAAAGACUGGAUCGGCGAGCAGGCCGUCUGGCGCAGCCCCCGCGGCAGCUCCUCGGCUGAGAGCCAUGAGAGCUUCGACGUGCUGCAUGCGGCGGAGGCGGAGGCGAGUCAGUUGUUGGAGGCGGCGAUUGAGGAUGGGAAUGAUGAGCCUGUCAACUUGCAGUUUCAUGGGAGUGCGGUGAGGGGGUUUACGGGGACGAGGGUGUUUGAUAAGAUGUGA